AUGAAGGAACAGGAAGGAGUAGGUUCCAUGGACUAUUUAAUGAGUCAGGCCAUGUUCGGCACCUUCUUUUUCUCAGAUUAUAUUCCUUUCUUUGGUUGGAUCGAUAAACUCACGGGGCUACACGCACGUCUUGAACAGAAUUUCAAGGACUUGGAUCAGUUCUACCAAGAAGUAAUUGAUGAACACAUGGAUCCUAACAGAAAAACUCCAGAGAAGGAGGGUAUAGUAGAUGUCUUACUUCAACUGAAGAAACAACGCAAGUUGUCCAUGGAUCUCACAAAUGAUCACAUCAAAGCUGUUCUCAUGGACAUGCUUGUAGCAGCAACUGGGCUAUGA